AUGAUAAUCCGUGACGGCUAUGGAUUCGCCAUCGAUCGAGGUGGAACGUUCACAGAUGUUUAUGUGCAAAAACCGGAUGGCACCUCGAGAGUGCUAAAGUUGCUCUCAGAAGAUCCGGCCAACUACCGCGAUGCACCUACUGAGGCUAUCAGAAGGAUCCUCGAAGAGGAAUUGCACGCAAAAAUACCUCGAAACUGUCCUGUACCAACAGAGAAUAUAGCGUGGAUAAGAAUGGGAACAACGAUAGCAACCAAUGCACUUUUAGAGCGCAAGGGUGAACGAUGCGCACUUCUCAUCACUAAGGGAUUCAAAGUAAGCAUUUUGUGUGAAUGUUUUUGCCAUUAA